GCACGUGAUGCUGCCGAGAGAACUUUCCAAACAAGUGCCAAAAUCCCAUCUGAUGUCUGAAGAGGAAUGGAGACGUCUUGGUGUUCAGCAGAGCCUUGGCUGGGUUCACUAUAUGAUCCAUGAGCCAGAACCACAUAUUCUUCUCUUCAGAAGACCUCUUCCAAAGGAUGAUCAGAAAUGA